ACGUCCACUCACACAGCAGCCCGCCGGUCUCCUCUCCUCUCCUCUCCUCUUCUCUCCUCUCCUCGUUUGUAUCGCAGCAUCGAAGGGAUAAUGGCAGCGGACGGCACGGACCCGCUCGAGAUCCGCUUCGGGCUCAUCAGUAGCGGGAACAAGUACCUGACGGCCGAGUCGUUCGGCUUCACCGUCAACGCCUCCGCGAGCUCCAUGAAGAAGAAGCAGAUCUGGACGCUGGAGCAGGCCGACGGGGGGCGCGAGGAGGAGGCCGUGCUCAUCCGCAGUCACCUGGGCCGGUACCUGGCGACGGACAAGGACGGGAACGUCACCGGGGACAGCGCGAGUCCCCCGCGGGCGGACUGCCGUUUCCUCAUCACGGCGCACGACGACGGGAGCUGGUCGCUGCAGUCCGAAGCGCACGGGCGCUACCUGGGCGGCACCGAGGACCGCAUCUCGUGCUUCGCGCAGAGCAUCUCGCCCGCGGAGAAAUGGACCGUGCACUUCGCCAUGCACCCGCAGGUCAACGUCUACAGCGUGGCGCGGAAGCGCUACGCGCACCUGAGCGGCACGCGGGGAGAGCUCGCGGCGGAGCGUGACGCGCCCUGGGGGGUGGACUCCCUGCUCACGCUCGUGUUCCUGGACCGCCGCUAUCACCUGCAGACCGCCGACAACCGAUUCCUCGCGUGCAGCGGGGCGUUGCUUAACAAGGCCGACAGCAGCACGGGCUUCACGCUGGAGUUCCGUGCGGGCAAAGUCGUUUUCCGCGACUCGUCUGGAAAGUAUCUCGCGCCCGUCGGUCCCACGGGCACCCUAAAGUCGGGCAAGAGCUCGCGGGUCGGGAAGGACGAGCUCUUCGUUCUGGAGCGCAGUCACGCGCAGGUGGUGCUUCGAGCCAGCAACGACAGGAACGUGUCCAUGCGUCAAGGUGUGGACCUGUCAGCCAAUCAGGACGAAGAGUCGGACCAGGAAGUGUUCCAGCUGGAGAUGAGCAAAGAGGAGGCGGGGCUAUGUGCCUUUAGAUCCGUCCGCGGAACCUUCUGGAACCUCACAGGCAGCGGGGGCCUGCAGAGCAACGCCUCAGUCAAGUCUGCUAGCUGUUUCUUCCAUCUAGAGUGGGAGGGGUCAAAGGUGGCUCUGAAGGCCAGUAACGGGAAGUACAUCAACGCCCGCAAGAACGGACAGCUCUCCGCCACCGCCGACACUCCAGGUGAAUGUGAGCAGUUCUGCGUCCUCCUGAUUAAUCGUCCUCUGAUCGUGUUGAGAGGGGAGCACGGUUUCAUCGGUGCCCGUAAGGCCGACUCCGCUACGUUGGACUCAAACCGCGCCUCCUACGAUGUCUACCAAUUACAGCACAAGGGCGGAGCCUACAGCCUCAAAGACCAGGCAGAUCGCUAUUGGUCGGUUGGGCCUGAGGGGGGCGUGACCUGUGGAUCCGCGGAUCCUGAUUGGUUUGAGCUGGAGCUGUGUGGGCGGAGCCAGCUGGCCAUCAGGACUGCAGCUGGGCGUUAUCUCCAUGGAGACCACACGGGGGCGCUCACCACUAAAGCACAAACACCUGACAAAUCCUCUCUGUGGGAAUACUAGCACACACACACACACACACACACACACACACACACACACAC